AUGGCAGCUACUCAGUCACCAACAUCGCUUCUUCCCACCCUCAUUGCCUUGGCCACCAUUCUUUAUAUCAUUGGAGUAGCUCUCUACAGGCUAUACUUUCAUCCUCUGGCUAAAUACCCUGGACCUUUCUGGGCGAAAUUGACUCAAUGGCCCGAGGCACAAUCCUCCUGGAGAGGCCGAAGACAUUUAGACUUGCAUGCAAUGCAUGAGAAAUAUGGUGACGUUGUGAGGCUAGCACCGAACUCGCUUGCAUUUCGAACUCCUGGUGCCAUCCAUGAUAUCUACACCGAUCGAAACGCCAAUGUCAUCAAAACAGGUUGGACAGAAACUGCACGCAAGCUGAACCCAUAUCCAUCCAGUCAAGUCAUAUCAGAUCGCAAACUUCAUGCCGCUCGAAGAAAGCUUUUAAAUCAGGCUUUCUCUGUGAGCGCUAUCAACUCAAUGGAGCAGUAUGUCUUGAAAACAAUCCGAACUUGGUGUGAAUAUUUGCAGGAACCCCCUGCAGUCGAGGCUGCUCCUAACAAAGGAGACAAGGCUACAGGAGGUUGGAGCAGGGAACGAGACAUUGCGGUGUGGUCAAAUCUCUUGACCCUCGACGUCCUAGGAGAGCUCUGCUUUGGAGCGAGCUUUGGCGCCAUGAAGGCAGGCCGUACCUAUAUUGCGGAUCUGGUGUUGGGAUCUGGAAGGAUGAUUCUUGUGCUCUCCUCACUCCCCAUUCGUGAUCUCCUCAUGCCUAUCCUCAAAAGACCAGCUCUUGCAAAGAUCGUUGGUGGUGAUAUGUCACGAAAGAGAAUUCGCUUCCGAGAAGAGAUGGGUGUUUUGGUAGAAAAGCGAACUGCCUUGGAACGAGUCAACGCCGAAAAACCUGCCGAGGAGCAAAGAAAAGACUUCUUCCAUUAUUUACUCCAUGCCCAAGAUCCGGAGACGGGCGUCAAGUUUGUACCCAAGGAACUUGUUGGUGAAGCGGGACUGCUCGUCGCGGCCGGCAGCGACACCUCUAGCGCUACCAUGAGUGCUUUCCUUUUCAACAUGUUACACAAUGAGCGCGUGUACAAAAAGGUGCAGCAAGAGGUACGUUCUGCCUUUGACGAGGUUGAGGAAAUCAAAUAUACCGCCAAGCUCUCAGGGUUACCAUACCUGCGUGCCUGUAUUGACGAAACACUGCGCAUCGCUCCACCAGUACCUGGAUACUUGGCUCGUGUUAUCUUACCAGGAGGAGCUGUGAUUGAUGGAAAUACUUACCCUGCGGGGACUGUGGUUGGGACUGGUGCAUACUCAAUCCAUCAUAAUGCGAACCUAUUCGAGAAGCCAUUCUCAUACAUUCCCGAACGCUGGAUCGUCGGAUCGAGCGAUGAAGACCCUUCCGUCCCGAUCAAGGUUACAAAAUCCAGCGUGCAAGUCGCGAAAGACUCAUUCUGGGCCUUUUCAUCCGGACCCAGGGUCUGUGUGGGAAAAGGCAUGGCCUAUAUGGAGUUAUCUAUCACUCUCGCUCGAUUGAUCUGGUUGUUCGAUAUAAGAUUUGCCCCUGGGCAUGAACGAAGUGGUGGAGGUGGCCCUGGGAAGGGAGAUGGUAGAGAGAGGGAAAAUGAGUAUCAGUUGACCGAUGCAUUCGUGUCUGAUAGAUCGGGUCCGGUGUUGCAAUUCAAGAGGAGACUGGUGGAUGAGUUCUGA